UCCAACCGCCAAAAACAAUUAAGAUAAGGAGAGCAAAGCAAAAAUGUGUUUUAUCAGGUGAAAGAUAAUAAGUUUCUUCUUACGGUGAUCUAAUACUGAUACCAAGCUCGAUAUUUAGUAAAUAAUUGAAUUUGCUGCUAUAAUAUGGGCUUGUUUGGAGGAUUUAAGGCAAAAUUCAGUAAAGAUUCAACGGCUAAAAGCGCCAGUAAAACUGCAAAGAAAAACGAAGUAGUAUGUUUGGGUUACAGAGUAUACUCGGAGUUUCAGGAUCCUCCCCAAUACUUGCUGCCACCAAGAUCAACCCCAAAACGAGUACCUGGAGUUAAAACUGUGCCAUCUCGGCUAGAUCCCAAUAGAAAUGGUCAAGGCCCAUCCACAUCACCUCCCAUAGAAACUCUGAUAGUAACAAACCCGAAUGCGAAAAAAUCUGCAAAAAAAGUGCCUGCUUUGCCUCCAAGAGCGCAUGCACUCAACGAGUCCGAACAACAUCAAACAGCUAAAUCUUAUGAGGCUAGAACGAUAGCAAACGGAAAUUCAGUAGAUGUGCGAAUAGGCAGAUCAAACGAGAAUUUGAAGCCUGCACCAGAUGAAACUUAUGUGAUCGGGAAAACUAGUAGCUUUAACCCAACGUCAUCCAGUGCUUCAACGAAUCACAUAAACAGAAUAGAUGUGGAAGGCAAGGAAGCAACUAAAUCAAUUUUAAAAUCCAAAUCUGCGUUUGAACUGCGGGAAACAAGCAAUGCUUCAGACCCAGGCGAUGGAGCUACAGUGAUGGUGAACAGCAGGAAAAGAGAAAUUCGAACAGCUCCAUCUAUGGAAUAUUCAUCAUUCUCUGGAAAAACAACGCAAACUACUUCAAAUGACAAUUAUGCGUACAGUACUGGUUACAGCCAGAGUUCUCGGGCUCUGGGAAGCACAAGCAGUCAAGCCGCUAGCAUAUUCUUUGGAGGCGAUGAAGAACCCGAAAUCCAAAGGCCGAGGAGAAUAAACCUGGACGAGCACGAAGGAGCAAAUAACAGAAGUGCGGAGUGCUAAACUAUUACUUUGUUUCCUGCUAGAAUUAGCCGCAAAACCGUGGGAGAUGAGUGAACGUUUUAAAUGUGUUCGCAAAAUGUUUAUUACUUAAUUCUGUUGCAUUAAAAUUGCUUUUAAAAGA